AUUCCUAAGAUCAACCCUCAAACCCAAACAAAAACCCUAAUUUGCCAACUACAAUGAAAGGGCCGAUUAUGAAGCAGGCAACUUCUACACCCUUCAAUGAUUCCUAUAAUUUGUGUUUGGGGGGAGGGACAACAACAUCGAGUGGGUCUUUUGGCCAGGCAAUUGAGAAGGAAUCAGCAGCAGCCGCAGAAGUUGGACUCUUACCAGAAAUAAAAGGAUCUGGUGGCGGCAUUACUAUGUCUCUCUAUGUCAUCGCCACUGAUUUGCAUAGGAAGGACGAGGAUAUGAAUGACAAAAGGAGUCGUCCUUGCGAUUUACAUGAGGGGCUCGUUGGUGUUUGGUUGCAAUGUUACCUCGUCCACGACUUCGGGUGGUUGUCUGAGGAGGAGCUGGAGAAAGCAACCCAAGCUGUCGCCUGUGAGCACGAAGAAGAAUGCGGUAGCAUGCUCGUUCCGCUUGCGGAGGAUAAAUGUGACCGUAUGGUAUCCAGCUUUGUUGCUCUCAACAGUGGGGGUGUCUCAUUUUGUUUACUGUCUAGGUGGUGGUCAGGGUUCUUUUCUCGUCCCCGUAGAUUGUCAAUGUGCUUUGUACCGAUAACAACACCUAGACUCCCGGUCCUAGCAUGCUGCGUGCUAGAAUUACUCCCGCCUCCGUGGUUGUAGACGACAAGAUAUAUGUCUUUGGCGGUGUAAAUCCCGAUACAUGCCACCCUGGCCUCUGGGCCGAGGUCCUGGACACCAAGGCUUUGGUUCCUGUGUGGAGUCGUUUGCCACGUCCGUCGUCCUCCUAUGCUUUUUGAAGAUAUUGGCAUAUUUGCCGUAGUAGUCAAUGAUGGCGAGGAUCUCAUUUUUGGAACAAGGCAUGAGAACGAGCAAGAGGAUGCUGGAAGUUAUAGCGUCUCUUCAGCUCAGGGAGGCAAAACUAUUUUGCUGGGCUCAAGGUUUGACUCUGUUCUCCUUCUCUAUAUCCUAGAAAAGCGUACAUGGCGAGUCAUCCCCGCAGAGUGUGGUCUCCCGGGAUGGCCUGGUCCCAAACCCGUGGCAGUCGGACAUAUGUUGUUUUGGCCUGGUGAUUAUUUCUACGCAUAUGAUCUCCGGCAGCACUUACUGUACGGAGGUGUCAUUAGAGGUCUCGGCAUUCAGCUUCAAAGUUUCCUGUUGCUCGAUCAUCCUUGUGAACAACAACUUAAUCAUUUAGAUUUUGAAGAUUUCUGCUUGACGUGGUGUGACUGGUUUGGAGAUUUCACCUUCCGAUAUCAACGGCUUCACACCAGCGCAGUUCGGGUUCAUCUCUAUACAGAAUGGUCCCCCGAUGUGGUGAACCACUUGAUGUUGGAUGCUUUUGUCGUGUCUUCCCGAUCUCAUAUCGUACCGCACCACUUUGGGUUCGAGAGUAGCUUUCUCUUGGAUAGAUCGCCAAGCGAGGGAGAAAAUCUUGGAGUAUUGUUUGACCCGGGGAACAAAAUUGCAGAAGAGAAUGCUUUGACUUCUUAGGGUGAAGUAUUUUUAAUCAGGUCCUCUGUGUACAAUUGCCCUUUUUCUUUUUUUGGACAGAGCUGCGGAUCGUUGCAGGGGCUUCUGAGCUUUGCCGCCCACUGUUGCCGGAGCGCCUGAGUUUUGUUUGAUGGAAGAUUUUGGGGUGGUUCUGAUUCUGAUCUGUUCUUGGUUUGUUAUUAUGUGCCAGCAAUGAUGCAAGUGAAGCCCUUGAUAAGUUGAGAUUUUUAAGUGUUAAUGACCCUUCUUUUCUUGGGGAUGCUGGCGAACUAGCGAUUCGUAUCAAACCGGACCCCAACAAUGGGACCAUCACUAUCAUAGUAUCAUGUAUGUUAAUACUAUUCAAUGGUAUGAAAUCUUGUUUUACGAUAAAUUUCUCUGUAAUGGAUUUAUCUAGUAUUGCGGGGAAGAUACUGGUAUAGGAAUGGCCAAAGAUGAGCUCAUAGAAACUAUUGCUCAGCGCAUACUUCAAAGUUACUGAAGGCUCUCAAGGAAAAUUCAGAGCAGGGAGCAGACAAUGGUUUAAUAGCUCAAUUUGGUGUUGGAUUCUAUUCAGCAUCUUUGGUUUCCGAAAAGGUGUGGUACAGGUUCAUAUAGUUGUGGUUCCAUUCCAGGUUUUAGAUGUAAGAGAUUUUGUUUCUUGUUUGCCAUAUUAAUGAGAGCGGUUCAAAUAUUUUUUGCAAUUAG